UAUGGUGAAAGCACAGUUUAGUGACAAAUUGGAAAACGAUACAACUAAAGAAAAUUAAUCAUAUGAAAGUGUUUUAAUCGCAAUAGCAGAUAAAAUGUGGAUCUAUUUUACUUUCUUCACAAUUCUGACGGUGAGCGCAAUAAAUCGACCGGUGUACAAAAUAAUUUUGACGCAAAAGGGAUUCGCACAGUUUUUGCAGUACGAUGUUGAAACACCGCCCAUGAGAGAAUUUACUUUCUGUACUUGGUUAAAAUUAUAUGAAUUUAAUCGGGAACAAAGUAUAUUUUCUUAUGUCACUCAUGGCAAUAACCGCGUCGUCCGGCUGUGGUUGGACUCGGGAGGGCGAUAUAUGAAAGUUGCUUUGAAUGGUAAAAUAUCGUCGAGUAACCCGGUCGAGUUAGUGAAGGACGUAUGGCAUAAUAUAUGUCUGUCUUAUCAGUCAGAUUACGGGGCAUGGGCUCUCUACAUCGACGGUCACCUCGUUUCCUGUGAAGCAGCAGAAAGUCUAAAUGGAUUUGUUUUGCCUCCCAGUGGCAGCAUUAUACUAGGAUACGGAACAACGGAAAGUGGUGCAUCCGGCGGAAUGGAAGGUGAAAUAUUUGGAGCCAAUAUGAUUCUUGCAUCAACAAUAGAACGAAAUUUCACUAUGAAACGUAAUCCUCAAUUUCGCCAAAAAUAUUUCCAAAAAAAUAAAAUUAUGGGCGAUACAAAUAUUCAAUAUGUUGUUCUUGGUGAUAUAAAAAGUGGUACAAUUCAACCUGACUUUGAAACAACAACGUUACCUUCACCCAGUUAUACCAGAAGUUAUAUAAGAACGCCUCACAGUACUGUCGAAAAUGAUGCUGGCCCUCAUAUAAUACCAAAAAGAUUAAAUCAAAAUCAAUUCGAAAGAGGUAUUUCAGAAUUUUAUGCACCUAAGCAAUUUACAAUAGACGAUGACAAAAUUUACUUUUGGAAUCUCAUGAAUGAGAAUGAAAGCACAAGCAAGUUUAAAGGAACAUCGUUUACGAACCCUGAACAAUCUCCCAAGACAAAAAACAACCCGAUAUUAUCAGAAAAGGAAAAGAAACAAGAAUUUGAUUAUUCGCCAUAUGCAUCCAGUCAUGUCAAAAUUAAACGGCCAAUUGUUAAACCUCUAUUUGAAGUCGGGAGUAAUGAUAUAACGCAAUAUACACGCAAAACAGUUAAAUUAAAUAAAGCCGCCAUUGCAAACUCUGAGACAGAACCUUCUAUUAAGAAUGAUCAUAGACUAUACGGACAGUGGACAAGUUCUAAUUUUGCAAAUAGUGUUUUAAAUCCAAUCAAAAGCAAUAGCGUAAAUGGCAAGACAGAUUACAAAAAGGUUCCUCCUACAACACCGCUUAUAAAACUGUCGGAUACCUUUCCAUAUUCUUCGGUGUUUAAAGUUACUAAAGUUUACACACCGCUGAAGUUUCAAAGAAGGUCUUUUUUAGAUAAACAACUAAAGAUUAUGAAACGAGAUAUUCACAAGUCACAGAUAAAUUUUAAGAUGCACCACAACGACAUAAGAGGUUCAAUGUUAAAAUCCAAUACACAUCAAAAAAACAUCGACAUUACAAUUGCAAAUGCGGAAAAGCCUGUCGAGAGACAUCGUGUUUAUAGAAAUAUUGAUAGUCAAAUAUCUGACCAGAUUAUUCUAUCCGACAUAUUUAAACCUCCUUUGAAUAAUACAGAUACAAAUCGUAACAAAACAACAUUAGCCAAAGAUACUACAUAUAAUUUCAUUACAAUAUUACCUUUUCUAAAGUCCAAUGAAUAUUACAUUGAAAAAGAAAGGGGCAAAACACAAAAUAAAAGUGAUGUUUAUACGAGGAGUUUAACAGGCUCUAAUAAAUGGCAUAAUGCUAAAUCUUACAGUAAUGAUUUUACACCGAGGCGUAUCAACAUGGAGUCUGUAGAAACACAUGAUAAUCAAAACAACAACAAUAUUGACGUUAAUAAAAAAUUACCAUCCGUUAGACUAAAGUAUGUUCCAGACAACCAAAAAAUUGUUAAAAGUGAUAUUGACGGAGCAAUACUCAAAGGACGCAACUUAGCUUUGGAAAUAUCUAAUAAUUCGGAUCCCUUUUCAGAAUCAGUGUCUAUACUGAAAUAUAAUCAUGGUUUUUUACCUGGACACACUUCAAGAAAUAAAAAUAAAUAUAGUAGAAAUGGGCCACCUGACUAUAGACCGACUCAAAAACCUUUUUCCUAUAGAAAUAAUUUUAAUCACAAUGUUAAACUGGAUAAUCCGUUGAAUGCACGCGUAGUUAUCGGUGGUAUAAAUGAAGAACAAAAAUAUAGAAGUUAUGUGGGUAGAAACGACAAAAUGCCCGAUAUCACUAGAUACUCAUCUGAUUCAGAUAGAGUUAAGGUGCCAUCUUCUUUAGGCCCGAAAGUUUGUAAAAAUUUGGAGCUAUUUGAUCGUUUACUGUAUAUUCAACCCGAUGAAAGUAUUGAUGUUACACAUAUAAUGUCACCCGUUAAGCAAAAGAAUAUUGCAAUCGAAUUUAUUUUACAAAAUUACAAAAGAUGUUCUCUGGAAGAUUCUUUCAUUGAAAAUCAUCAUCUAUUGUACAUAGACUGGAGUAAGACGCCUGUAAGGCUGUUUGGCGGCGCGUACCCAAGGAAAACAACUGAUCUUUGUGGAUUCUUUUAACGCAACAUCAUUUGAUUUUUUCUUAUUUUUAUAUGUUUACCAAACUAAUGCAAUAGAUAUAAAAAUGCAAUUUAUUUAUUUUAUGCAAAUAGUGUAGUAAUCAAACGUUAUAGAAACUGAAUAAA